AUGAGGCAAAUUGAUUAUUAAUAAUAAUAAAUACUUCAAAUUAAUUUACAAGAUAUGUGUGAAGAUUUGAAUCCAAGGUACUUUUAAGAAUGUUAUAUAGCUGUAAUUAUAAACAUUGUCGUUCUUUUUUUUAGAUUUCCUUUUAAGAAAUGAAGUGGAAUAAAUCUCAUCUAUCAUUCCUUCCUACUCUCUUUAAUAUUGAAGAAGAUGUAGUUUAUUUAGGCAAAAAAUAAUAAAUUAAGAGAAGAGCUUAUAAACUUUUAGAUCAGUAUUUAUUUUAUAAAAAUAAAAAUGUAUAAUAGUGAAUUAAAUAUUAGGAAAAAAUUGUUUGGAUUAAUUAUGAAAAUGCAAUUAUAGAAUUAAUAACUAAUCCUGAGUUGGGUAUGGGAAUUCGCUUAACAAAAUGUUUUGAUAAAAUUGAAUUCUUUGGAAACGUAAAUAAUUGGUAUAAAUUUAUGAAGAGAUUUGCUGUCUAAUAUGAUUUCUCUCAUUAUUAUAUAAUAAUUGCAAAACUCAACAAAAUUAAAUUUGGAGAAUUAUUUAAAGGAAAAAAUAAAUUAGAUGGUUCAGAAUAUAUUAUUAAAAUUUAUUAAAAAUCAUUAAUUAUAGAUGAUGAAGAUAGACAAUAAUUUUUUAAAGAAAUAUCAGUGAUUCGUUAAUUAAAAACAGAUUUAACAUUGAAAUUUUAUGAUCUAUUCGAAAAUCAAGAUCAAAUUUAUGUAAUUGUUGAAAAUUUACCUUCUCACUCUUUGUUAGAUUAUGUUUCAAAGAAUCCUUUUUUUUCGGAAGAUAAAGCAGCAAAAGCUAUAUUUAGAAUUAUAAAGAUUGUUGCAUAUCUCCAUUCUAAAAAAAUAAUGCAUAGGGACAUUAAACUCGAAAAUUUUAUUUUUAGAUAAUUAGAUAAUUUGGAUAGUCUAUGUUUAAUAGAUUUUAAGUUAGCUGAAUUUUAUGAUGAUGAAGGACAUUAUUAAUUUAAACGAUGUGGAACUGUAGGAUAUGUUGCUCCUGAAGUCUUAGCUGACAAUAAUUAUGAUCUCAAAGUAGAUAUUUAUAGUGUUGGAAUUUUACUCUUUAUUCUAUUCACAGGAAAGGAGCCAUUUGAUGGAAAUUAUCAAGAGAAACUCAUUCAAAAUUUAAUAGGAUUUAUUGACUUUCACGAUCUUAGGGUAAGUAACUUGGCUUCAGAUUUUCUUAAGGGUCUACUUAGAUUAGAUCCUUAAGAAAGACUUUCAUCUCAUUAAGCUUUGAAUCAUAAAUGGUUUUAAAGAGAAAAAUUAAUUGGAGCAUUAAAAUAAUAAAUUAAGUCUACUUUAUAAAAUUUGAAUAAGCCUUAUAAAGUCAAAGCAUCUUUUAAAAAAUCAUUUCCUAUUUUACAAUCUAAUUCUAUUCCUCAUUUAUAAGAUCCUUUAAGUUUUAGAAUGAAAACAUUGCCUAAUCCAUAAUCAAAUGAAAGAGUUCAUCUCCCAGUAAUUUAAAGAAGAACAACUCACUAAAUUCCUUCAAAUUCUAUAUUAUAUGGAAGAAUAAAAUGA